CGAUCAUUUCUCAAGGAGAAAACCGCAUUGUGAUAGUGUACAGGAAGAGGUGCCCGUAGUCCUAUGCGUUCAUAUCCGGGGUAACCUUUGGCAUAGUUUCCCUUCUUAUCUCGAUCAGAAAUACGAGUUAAAUAAUGGCUUCCCGGAAAGUAAUCGAGCUAUUUUAUGAUGUCGUCUCCCCUUACUCCUGGCUGGGAUUCGAGGUCCUCUGUCGAUACAGAAAUGUGUGGAACAUUGACCUUAAACUUCGCCCUGCAUUUUUAGGAGGGGUCAUGAAAGGGUCCGGCAAUAAGCCCCCUGGGUUAAUCCCUAACAAGUUUCUCUACAUGGGAACAGACCUGUCUCGGCUGGCUGAGUACUUUGCGGUUCCCCUUAGUUUUCCUAACGAUCCUGAUGAGACCAUGUUCCGGAAGGGUUCUCUUGCAGCUAUGCGCUUUAUAACUGCUGUGGGAGAGAGAUAUGGAGCUGAUGAGCCAAGUGUGGAGAGAGUCUCCAGGGAGAUAUGGAUGAGGGUCUGGUGUCGAGACGAAGACAUCACCCUGCCUGCCUCACUCUCUGAGGCCACAUUGAAGGCAGGACUUCCUGCUAGGGAAGUGGAGGAGCUUUUGCAGUUGGCGGCUUCUGAGAAGAUCAAGGACAAACUGAAGAGCGUAACCCAGGAAGCACUAGACUAUGGGGCCUUUGGCUUUCCCCUCAUCGUGUGUCACGUAGACGGAAAGCGGGAGAUGUUUUUUGGAUCUGACCGAUUCGAGCUCAUGGCCCACUGCAUAGGUGAUUACCCCGGUAUCAUCACUCAGUUUGUCUAUCGUCACAUUGUCACUUUCAUAAGAGGAGAGAAGUGGUUGGGACCUCAGCCGAUAAAGCUCACUGCUAAAGUGUAAAACCACUUGUUCCACAGAGAUGCAAAUAAAUGGCUGAAAUAAA